AUGAACCUGGAGCGGCUCAGGAAGCGAGUGCGGCACUACAUCGACCAGCAACAGUAUCAAAGUGCCCUGUUUUGGGCUGACAAAGUAGCUUCACUCUCUCAUGAGGAACCACAGGAUAUCUACUGGUUGGCCCAAUGUCUUUACCUAACAGCUCAGUAUCAUAGGGCAGCACACGCCCUUCGAUCACGGAAGUUGGAUAAGUUGUAUGAGGCAUGUCGCUACCUUGCAGCUAGAUGUCACUAUGCUGCAAAAGAGCAUCAACAGGCCUUGGAUAUUCUUGAUAUGGAGGAGCCAAUCAACAAACGACUUUUUGAAAAGUACUUGAAGGAUGAAAGUGGGUUGAAAGAUUCUACCACAGACUGGGAAAUGUCACAGUCCUCAAUUAAGAGCUCUAUAUGCCUUUUACGAGGGAAGAUCUAUGAUGCUUUGGAUAAUAGAACCCUGGCAACUUACAGCUACAAAGAGGCCUUGAAGCUUGAUGUUUACUGCUUUGAAGCAUUUGAUCUGCUAACAUCACACCAUAUGCUGACAGCACAGGAAGAAAAAGAACUCCUUGAAUCUCUACCUCUUAAUAGACAAUGUACAGAAGAAGAACAGGAAUUGCUUCACUUUUUAUUUGAGAAUAAAUUGAAAAAGUAUAAUAAACCCAGUGAAACACUGAUUCCUGAAUCAGUAGAUGGUCUUCAGGAAAACCUGGAUGUGGUAGUAUCCUUAGCAGAAAGGCAUUAUUACAACUGUGACUUCAAAAUGUGCUACAAGCUUACUUCAGUAGUGAUGGAAAAAGAUCCUUUCCAUGCAAAUUGUUUACCUGUACAUAUAGGGACACUUGUGGAACUUAACAAAGCAAAUGAGCUUUUCUAUCUUUCUCACAAACUGGUGGACUUGUACCCAAAUAAUCCUGUGUCGUGGUUUGCAGUUGGAUGCUAUUAUCUCAUGGUUGGCCACAAAAACGAACAUGCUAGAAGAUAUCUCAGCAAAGCUACUACACUGGAGCGAACCUACGGUCCUGCAUGGAUAGCAUAUGGACAUUCAUUUGCAGUGGAGAGUGAGCAUGACCAAGCAAUGGCUGCAUACUUCACAGCUGCACAGCUCAUGAAAGGAUGUCAUUUGCCAAUGCUCUAUAUAGGACUGGAAUAUGGUUUGACCAACAACUCCAAGUUGGCCGAACGGUUUUUCAGCCAAGCUUUAAGCAUUGCACCUGAAGAUCCUUUUGUGAUGCAUGAAGUUGGAGUGGUAGCAUUUCAAAAUGGAGACUGGAAAACUGCAGAAAAGUGGUUCCUUGAUGCACUGGAAAAAAUCAAAGCUAUUGGAAAUGAGGUAACAGUUGAUAAGUGGGAGCCUUUAUUGAACAACUUAGGACAUGUCUGCAGAAAACUCAAGAAGUAUGAAGAAGCACUGGAAUACCAUCGCCAGGCUCUGGUAUUAAUCCCUCAGAAUGCUUCUACUUACUCUGCCAUUGGCUACAUACACAGCCUCAUGGGCAAUUUUGAAAGUGCCAUUGACUAUUUCCACACGGCACUUGGUCUCAGGCGGGAUGACACAUUUUCAGUCACAAUGCUUGGACACUGCAUAGAAAUGUACAUUGGUGAUUCUGAAGCCUAUAUUGGAACAGAGAUCAAAGACAAAUUAAGAUGUUAUGACUUUGAUGUACACACAGUGAAGACAUUAAAGAACAUAAUUUCACCUCCCUGGGACUUCAGAGAAUUUGACAUAGAAAGACAAACUCUGGAUGAAAGUGGCAUAGUAACAUUAGAGACGUCAAAUCAAAGGAAAAGUACAGAUACCAGUCGCCCAUUGGAAGAAACAUUUGAGAUUGAAAUGAAUGAAAGUGAUAUGAUGUUAGAAACAUCAAUGUCAGACCAUAGUACGUGACCAUAAAUACUGGUAGAGAGUUCAUUUUGUCUAACUGUAGUAUGCUUGUUUUAGCAUUUUUGUUAUGGUGUUGUACUCUCAUGAAUUUGCUAUUUUUUAUAUGAAUUCAAACUACUAUGUACUUAACACCAGGAGUUUUAC